GUCCUUCCGGGUGCCAGGAUGCUGCAGAGGCUAGUGCCCCCCGUACGGCUAGGUUGUCACCUUCGGUAUGUGGCUCGAAACCUGCAUCAGUCUCCCAGGCACCACAUCCCCCUCAUCCCCAUAGUGGUGGAGCAGACGGGCCGGGGGGAACGCGCCUACGACAUCUACUCUCGCCUGCUGAGGGAGCGCAUUGUGUGCGUGAUGGGCCCGAUUGAUGACAAUGUGGCCAGCCUGGUCAUCGCGCAGCUGCUGUUCCUGCAGUCGGAGAGCAACAAGAAGCCCAUCCACAUGUACAUUAACAGCCCUGGUGGCAUGGUGACGUCAGGGCUGGCUAUUUACGACACCAUGCAGUACAUCCUGAACCCCAUUUGCACGUGGUGUGUGGGCCAGGCGGCCAGCAUGGGCUCUCUGCUGCUGGCGGCAGGGUCUCCAGGAAUGCGCCACUCCCUGCCCAACUCACGCAUCAUGAUCCACCAGCCCUCAGGAGGGGCACGGGGCCAGGCGACAGAUAUUGCCAUCCAGGCAGAGGAAAUCCUGAAGCUGAAGAAACAGAUUAAUGUCCUCUACGCUAAACACACGAAGCAGAAUCUGGAGGUGAUUGAGUCCGCCAUGGAGAGGGAUCGCUACAUGAGCCCCGUGGAAGCCCAGGAGUUUGGCAUCUUGGACAAGGUGCUGGUCCAUCCGCCGCACGACGGAGAAGAUGAACCGGAGCUGGUACAUAAGGAGGUUUCCUCUCCACCCGCUACCCCUGCCUCGUCUUCUUCAGCUGAACCCUGA